GCGCAUGCGUAUGUAUUUUGACCUCACUUCUCAGUCACUUCUCAGAGAAAAUGGCAGGGAUAGGCUUGGGGCUGCAGGUGCGUCAAUUCAGCACGUCGGUCGUCCGAUCGAAGCUGAUGAAGCCCCCAAUCACGGUGUAUGGAGUGGAAGGUCGCUAUGCCACUGCUCUGUUCUCAGCAGCCAGUAAGCAGAAGAAACUGGAUCAGGUGGAGCAGGAUUUGGGGCGUCUGGCUGGCCUGAUUAAGGACCCCAAGGUGUCCAGCAUUGUAAUGAACCCCCAUGUGAAGCGCAGCUUAAAGCAGAAGACCCUCACUGACGCCCUCAGCCAGGUCAAGGCCACCCCUAUCACACUCAACUUCAUCGGUGUUUUGGCUGAAAAUGGCCGCCUGCCCGUCACCGCUGACGUUAUUGGUGCUUACACCAUGAUGAUGAAGGCCCACCGUGGAGAGGUCACCUGCUCAGUCACCACCGCACAGGCGCUGGAUGAAGCCAGCUUGGCAGAUCUGAAAGUUGCCCUGAAUGGCUUCUUGGCAAAGGGACAGACCAUCAAUCUGGUGACCAAGUCUGACCCAUCCAUCCUCGGUGGCAUGAUUGUCAGCAUCGGGGACAACUAUGUGGACAUGUCCACCAAGACCAAGGUUCAGAAGCUCACCAAGCUGAUCAGGGAUACCUAAGUCCUGUGGACUCAUCCGACCAGACCUGACGAGUCAAUCCCAGAGUAGAGCGGGAGAGAGGUCUAAAUGUCGUAACCCUCCUCCCAGUCUAUGAAAGUUAACCUGUCGUCUUGUGUUCAUAAUAAAUAUUCUGUAACGUA